GUCAUAGUUGCUAAUUUGUAUUCAACCAAUCGGAAAUAAAAGAGGUGUGGUAUAAAAGUAUAUAUAAGACUGAUAUAUCAGUUUGCUUUUCAUCACGCUUUACAAGACACAAACUUAUCAAUCAUGAACGGAAGGCAGCGAGUCGUCAUUGAAAGAAGUCUUCGCAUUGGAGUGUUGGGGGCAAAGGAAGUCGGGAAAACAUCAAUGAUCACCCGUUUACUGAAGAGAAGAUUUCCAGACAAAUACAGUCCAACGAUUGAAACAUUGUUCCGAUACGACAUCCAAACCUCUGAAAACAAAUUCACCAAACUGGAGAUUCUGGAUACGGCGGGUAACCUCGAGUUUCCGGACAUGUUGAGAAAAGCUGUCAGAUCUUGCCAUGCUUUUGUUUUGGUUUUUGACUUGAGCGACCCCGUGCGGACAUUUCGGGAAGUCGAAACAUUGAGACAAUUAAUUCAUGAAGAGAGAAGUGGAGAAUCUGUCCCUUUAAUUGUCAUCGGUAACAAGUCUGAUUCAGUCGUCAUGGAAGACGUUGUAGAGAACACAAUUAUUGAUGCCAUUGUAUCAAUAGACUGGGGCUGUACCUAUCUUACAACAUCCGCAAAAUGUGACACCAAUAUUUCAGACGUUUAUAAGGCUGUUUGCAAAGAACUUGAUAUUAAGUCUUUACAAGAUAUAGGUGUGGUUCAGCGCAGUAAAGAUGCUACUCAAAAGAUUGUUAAAACCAAACGUGUUUCUUUACUGAAAAGAAAACUUUCAGUAAAAUCAUUCUAAU